AUGGGUACACCCCGAGACUACUAUGCAGACCUGGAGCUGCCCCCGACGGCAGACGCCGCGGAUAUCAGGAAGCAAUACCGGAAACUUGCACUAAAGUACCACCCAGAUCGCAAUCCUGGACGAGAAGAUGAGGUCAACACCCAGUUCCAGGUAAUUCAAUCGGCGCACGAGAUUCUAUCUGAUCCCGAUCAAAAAGCCAAGUACGAUGCAUCGCGAUCUCGCAACAGAUACCCAGGCGCAUCGGGUGUUAAGGGAAACCCGUGGUCGAAUGUCAGUGCCCAGUAUCCGCCACCACCCCGGCGUAACAAUGGAACCCCGAGAGCAACUCCAUCAGGCGCCCAGAGAUGGCAAACGCGUUUCGCUUCAGGCGUUCCUCCUACCGCGAAGCAGUCGGAGACCGAAGCAAAGAAGAAUGCUGCCCGAGCAUUCGAGAACAUGCGCAAGGGCCCGUCGGCCAAGACGAGCGAUCAGCCCCGGCCUACUCCUCCUCCCCCUCCUCCACGGACUGAAUCUGCCAGACAGCGCGCUGAAGCCUCAUUUGGCGCCAGGAAGACGGGGUUCCAUCCUCGUACAGCUAUGGGUGAUGAGCCUCCAGUGGCCAGCAGUAACUACAACUCAAGAACAGCAUCGGAGCGAUAUGCGCAAUCAUUUCCACAGGAGCCUCCCCAAGAAGCCCCCCCACCUCCCGCGAGACCACCUCCUACUACGAUGCCAGAUCCUCUAAGCCAGUUCAGAGAUCGAGACAACUGGGCAGAUCCCCGGCAAAGCACUCCGUACACUGCACAUGGUGGCGAGAAGACGAAUCCCUUUGAUGGCAUCCCCCUGAACCGAGCCAAGAGCACCCGAGACACCACGCACCGUGACGACUCCUCGGAAAACGAGGCCUUCAACCGACAGCGUAGUGCCAGUGCGCCCAAGGGCGGAAAGGGCCCUGAACAGCCACUCCCUAAAGAUCCCGCAGACCGACCCAAAGCUCCUUUGAAGAAGACUCGCAGCGGCUUCAAGAAUGCUACUCCAACUUCCGACCAAACCCCCAAUGUGCCAACAGACGGAAACUCAUCCCAAUCACAAAGCAACGCUGGCGGACCAUCAAUGUAUGACGAACCAUCUUCUACCAAGUACAACCACCUUCCCUUUUCACCAAGAUCCAGCAAGUGUCGGGGAAAUCAUGGUUUUGAGCCAGGUCUGGCGGGCAUUCAUCAAUACGACGCAUGCCCUUAUGACUCAGGCACUAGUUCUUUCAACCCGUCUCCCAGUGGAAGACAUGAUUCUCCUCAUCAGUUGACCCCCUUUGAGCGUCACCAGGUCGAAUUUUUGGACAAGCUUAUCAAUAACGCUGGGAUUGGAAGCUCAACCAAGAAGACGAAGCAUCAAUACAGCAACUCAGAUCACCCCCGUACGUCGAACCGUGCUAACAAGGCCAACUUCAAUAGCUUCAGUUUCCCCGUCAACGACGAUACUUUCGCACAAACAUCAUCCCCUGAACCUGGCCGCUUCGCGAGAAGCAGCACCGACGAUAUCAACACGAGCUUCGCCGAGGAUGAGGAUGCGGCUGGUUGGCAGUUUAACGCCGGUGGAGCAGAGCAAGGUAGCCCAACGAAGCCUCGACCUCAGGCAGGCAGAGGAGGUCGUCGAUCGCCGAAGAAGCGCCCAACUCUUAACCGUACAGAUACUUCGAGUGUUCCAUCCGAGUCAGAGAGGCCGGAAUCUGGCAAGCCCGAGUCGGCGUUUAACCCUGAAGGAUGGAGUGACAAGUUUGGCCCACAGACGUUUGUUCCACAGCCAUCUCAGUCCAAGUCGGUGUCCCCGACUCGAUCUAACCGGGCAAGCUCGAAGAAGCCCAAAGCUUCCAAGAAGCCGAGCCACUCAGCACUAGUCGACGAUAGCAGCAGUGAUGAAGAGGUAUUUGAAUGGCGUGGACGAAAGGGUGGUCAGGAGCCCCCUGUCGCUGAGAGCCCUCAGGCCAUGGACAUUGACAGCCCUCCUGCUUCGACCGCGGUCCCACCACCUCGACCCCCCAAGAUUCCGACACCACAGCCGGCCCCGACCACGCCUUCACCCCAGCCCAAGCCACCAGUGGCCCAGCCAGCGCAACCUGCUGAACCAGCACCUGCAGUGGGAACAGCCCCAGGAUUCAACGGUCCUCGACAUAUCUAUGUUGAGCCCACCAGACCUGAGUGGCGAGACGAUAAUGCGGACAACGUGAACGGCAAGGACAAGCCGUUGGAGAUCCCGAGAAAGCCAGUUCACCCCAACAAUGUGGGAUCGGAGGAUAGUGAGGAGUUCCGGGCUAGCUUCGCCGACCUGCGAAACGUGGCUCCAUUCGCCCCUCAGAGCUCGGGACUGAAGUCCUUUACAGAUAUGAAGGACAACUUGCCUUUCGAGAGCAAGGCUUCAGCUGAUGUUUCCAUCAAGCUCCCCAAGGUCCAUCCUUUGAGGUUUCCAUCAGCCCCUAUCGCUCCUCAGCUCCCAGCGAUCAAUGGAGCGCAGCCAAAUGUGGCGUCUUGGGAGAAGUAUGUCAAAGAUUUCGAAAACUACAUGCGACUUUGGGAUACUUUCAACAGCCAGGUGGUAGACCAUUUUGCCACACGAAAGGCGCACAUUGCGCGUACUAGAGAAGAGAAGGGAUACUCGUUCCUAGAGGCCCGCGGCGAUGCAGAUGUUCAGGAGUACUACAACUGGCUGGAACAGGACAUGGACGUUCGGAAACGCUGGAGCGCAGCGUGUGAAGAGCACGAGCAUCGAUUCCGAGAGUUCAUGGCGUUUCGCAUGAGGAUGAAGUAA